CUAAGCCUAUAUCACCAACAGUAGUAGUACUAUUUCACCACCCCUCCCCAUAAAACAUAAAAACUCACUCUCAUCCCCAUGCCUUCAUUCACCAUCAAAUAAGAAAAAAUCAAAAUUAUCACCAAAAUGACAAAUCCCAAACUUGCUAUCUUUAAUCUUUUUAUUUUCAUAUUUUGUAUAAUCCACUCCACUAAUGCAAUAUCAGAUCUUGAAGCACUUCUAAUUCUCAAAAAGUCACUAGUUUCACCACCAGCGGGUUCCAGUCGUUUUCUACACGACUGGAACCCACCUCACCCGAACUCGAACAAGUCAAAUUCACAUUGUUCGUUUUCGGGUGUUUCCUGUGACGAGACAUUUCGCGUCUCGUCACUGGUUAUCUCAAACGUUCCGUUAUACGGAACCAUACCUCCAGAAAUCGGAGUUCUUAACAAUAUUGUCAACCUUACACUUGUAUCUAGCCAACUCACCGGUAAACUACCGGUCGAGAUGGCUAACCUUACUAAAUUAAAUUUCGUCAAUAUCUCAACCAACUCGUUAACCGGUGAAUUCCCCGGUGAAAUAAUAGCAAAUAUGUCUCUCCUCGAAGUUUUCGAUAUAUAUAAUAAUAAUUUCAGUGGGAAACUGCCAAUACAGUUUGUAAAAUUAGCCCAUUUGAAAAAGCUUUUUCUAGGGGGUAAUUUUUUCUCAGGGGAAAUACCUGAAGAGUACUCAAAAUUUAAAAUUUUAAAAAGUUUAGGGCUCCAAGGGAAUGCUUUAACAGGAAGCAUUCCGUGGAGCCUGUCGCGGAUAGCGACUUUAGAAGAACUUUGGUUAGGGUACUAUAAUAGUUACUCUGGCGGAAUCCCGCCAGAGUUUGGUUCUUUUAAAUCUUUACAGUUGCUUGAUAUUGGUGGAAGUAAUUUAACUGGUGAGAUUCCUGAAAGUUUAGGUAAUUUAAGAAAGUUACACACAUUGUUUUUACAGUGUAAUAAUUUAACUGGGUUGAUACCUUUGGAUUUGUGUGGGUUGACUAGUUUGAAGUCUCUAGAUUUGUCUAAUAAUAAUUUGACUGGUGGUAUGCCUGAGUGUUUUGUUGAGUUGAAGAAUUUGACUUUGUUGAAUCUUUUUUUGAACCAUUUUGCUGGUCCUUUACCUGGGUUUAUUGGGGAGUUGCCUUAUUUGGAGGUGUUGCAGUUGUGGGAUAAUAAUUUUACACUUUCUUUGCCUGAUGGGUUGGGAAGAAAUAGCAAUUUGAAGAUACUUGAUGUUGCUGGCAACCAUUUUACUGGCACACUACCUCAAGAUUUAUGCUAUGGAGGGAAGUUAACUACGUUGAUACUAAUGGAAAAUUACUUCUAUGGAGCUUUACCGGAACAACUUGGCAGUUGCAAGUCGUUGACGAAAAUACGAAUCAUGAAAAAUUUCUUCAAUGGUACCAUUCCCGCGGGUAUUUUUAACUUGCCGAAACUGACGAUGCUUGAGCUUGACGACAACUAUUUUAGCUGUGAACUUCCGGCUGAAAUGCACAGCCGGUCGCUUCAAAGUCUAACGAUAUCGAACAACUGGAUAAGUGGGAAAAUACCUCCGGGGAUCAGUGGCUUGUUGAAUAUACAGACUAUAUCUUUAGAGUCGAAUAAAUUUGUUGGUGAAAUACCGGACGAGAUAUUUAAGUUGAAAACGUUGUAUAAGCUAAAUCUUAGUGGCAACAAUCUCACUGGUGUCAUUCCGCCUUCUAUUGGUAACUGUUCCGUGUUAACUAUAGUUGAUUUUAGCCGUAAUGUGUUGUAUGGGGAAUUUCCGAGUGGAAUUCUGAGUUUGUCAUACUUGAACAGCCUCAAUGUUUCAAGAAACCGAUUGGUUGGUGAGAUUCCGGUUGAAUUAGGUCACAUGAAGGGCUUAGGUGCAUUGGAUCUUUCGUUUAAUCGGUUCUCGGGAAAAGUCCCUACAGACGGACAGCUGAAUGAUUUCAAUGAUACGAUCUUUGCUGGCAACCCUGACCUUUGUUUACCACAUGAUGUUGAGUGUCUAGAGAAAAUGAAGCACAAGAGAUCGAAGAUACUUUCGAUCUUUGCAUCAAAACUCUUGAUCCCUUUCAUCGCUUUAUUAGCGUUGUUGUUAGUGGUCAUGGUUGUGUUUAUUCAAGUCAAAAAGAAGAACAGCGUCGAGAAAUCCAAAAAGUGGAAACUAACCGCUUUUCAGCGGUUAGAUUUCAAAGUUGAUGAUGUCAUUAUGUGCUUGAAAGACGAGAAUGUAAUUGGUAAAGGUGGUGCUGGUAUCGUCUAUCGCGGAUCCAUGUCAAAUGGUGUUGAUGUUGCUAUCAAACGUUUAAUGGGCAGAAACCAUGGAUUUGAUGCUGAGAUUAAAACCUUAGGAAGGAUCAAGCACCGGAAUAUUGUGAGAUUACUUGGAUACGUAUCAAAUAAGGCAAAUAAUCUCCUACUCUACGAGUACAUGUCUCACGGGAGUUUAGGUGAGAUAUUGCACGGCCCAAAAGGGACGCAUUUGCAAUGGGAAACGAGGUACAAAAUAGCCGUGGAGGCUGCCAAGGGAUUGUGUUAUCUCCACCAUGAUUGCUCACCGUUGAUCAUACAUCGAGAUGUCAAGUCCAAUAACAUAUUGUUGGAUUCAGAUUAUGAAGCUCAUGUUGCUGAUUUUGGCUUGGCUAAGUUCAUGAGAGAUGCUGCUGGUGCUUCUGAGUGCAUGUCUUCUAUUGCCGGAUCAUAUGGAUACAUUGCCCCAGAGUAUGCCUACACCUUGAAGGUGGAUGAAAAGAGUGACGUGUACAGUUUUGGUGUCGUGCUACUUGAGUUGAUAGCGGGUAAAAAACCAGUUGGGGAGUUUGGUGAUGGAGUGGAUAUUGUGAGAUGGGUUAAAGAGACAAUCUCCGAGUUUCCUCAGCCAUCUGAUGCAACAGCUGUUCUUUCGGUCUUAGACUCAAGGCUCCAUGGUUACAUUCUCUCGAGUAUCGUGAAUAUGUUCAAGAUUGCAAUGAUGUGUGUCGAGGAGGAGAGCACCGCCCGUCCUACCAUGAGGGAAGUUGUUCACAUGUUAACAAACCCACCUCCGAACCAGCCAUGUGUGUUCACUUGUUGAAUGAAGAAAUCUGGUGGUCUUGAUUGUACAGGAGUGUGACUUUUGGUGUUUGGGGAUGAAUAAACCAUUUGAUGAAAUCAAAACGUACAUGUAGUAGUUCACAUGGCAUGAACUACAACUUUUGUUGCUAUGAUUUGCAAGUAAUUAUAUAACAUAUUUUGUAA